AUGGAAAGUCAAGAUACGGAUUUAAUACCCUCGGGGACUCGGACACCUGAGGAACGGCGCGAGGGGGAUGCUUGUCCCUGUCCCCCCGCGUCGGCAACAUGCGAAGGGAGCGGGGCAGGGGGGACCACGACCCCUCUGCUCAAAGCAGCAAUCGUGAAGGUGGAGCACGUCAAUAUUGAUGUAACGAAAUAUAAAAGAGGUAAACCCAUGUCUAAAGACACGUCGGCGACUGAUGCGGACGUCAGCAUGGAGGACUCGCUAGACGAAGAAUUCGAAAGGCCAGCCCCGAAAGAGAAAAAGGCUAAGAAGAAGGACAAGCCUGCCAGUGGGAACUCCCCGGAGCUGGAGUAUAUUUCCACAACGGAAGGUGGCCCGUCGUCCAGGCCGGGCACAUCGCGGAACCAGGAUGUGGAGUUGGUCUCCUACACGCCUGGUACGAGAUCUAGGAGGAGCUCCGAUUCGUCGCGGGCAUCCACUAGAAAGAGAAAACAUAAAUCCUCUCCUGAGGAUGCGGAUGAGGAGGGUGAACCCUUAUUCAGUAGAUUCACGGAUAUACAAACGCAAGCGGUGCAGGACCGAUUAGAACAGAUUGAAGAGCUGUCCUCCGCUGAUAUGGCUGCUAGAGCCAACGAAUGGCUUAGCGAGGUGGAAAGCUGUAGGGGAAAAUCGAAGAAUAUCAAAGGAUCCUUUACGCACAAAAUGAAGGUGGGCAUCGCGGCAGCCUCGGGGGCAAUGAAGAUCCUUGCCAUGAGGGCGUCAAUGGACGGUGAUUCAGGGUUUAUGCGAGCUAAGAUAGCUGAGCUACAGAAAGAGAUGAAAACGUUAAAGGAGGAGAAUCAACAGCUGAAGCUACAGAUAGAGGACCUGCGUAGCGGAGCCCCAGUGUUUGGCGAAACCACCGCUGAGGGUGGUGCGGGGACAUUUAGAUCUCCCGGACCCUCGGCGGAAUUCUUCAGCCCGAUGGCGGAGAUGCCCCAAACGAUGGAAGAAAGAAUAGGGAGGGACUUACCCGGAACGCCGGCAAGACCAAGAGGAUCUCCCAAUCAUGGACUGAGGAACCCUCCUAUAGGGGACGACUUCUUCGAGAAGCUCACGGGUGCAAUUAGCCAGGCGGUGGCGGGCGCCAUCAAAGAACAUAUGCCUAGGGAGGAGAAAACCAAAGCCCAGGGAAAGACUGGUCCACAUAAAAUUCUGGAUAGAAUUAAGCGCCUCGAGAAACCCUCUCCCCGCUCGGAAACCACUGAGUCCUACACGGAGGACGAGGGAUUAGCGCGUAAGCAGGGUCUUAGUAUGAGACAGCGUGAGAAGAGAGUGAGAACACAAGCUGUAACCACCCGAGAGGAGGUACCGGCGACACCGGCAAAGAGGACGAUUGAGCGGACAGAGGAGGGCAACAGGAAUGCCGAACUCCCGCCGUUGGUAGAAUCAAAUCGGAACAGACCCGUGGACAGGAGGCCACCGAGGGAAAACGCUGAAGUCGGAAGGAGGCGUGUCCCGCGAUCCGCUGCGGUCGCGAUGUCAUUCCCUGAGGGGAUGAAAUUCGCGGAAGUAGUUAAGAAGGCUCGGAAUAGCGUGAAACUCGACGAGCUCGGCAUAGAACACACUAGGCUGAGGACAACGCUGGCGGGAGCAGUUCUGGUGGAAUUGCCGGGAAAGGACAUGUCCCCUAAAGCGGACCUGUUGGCUGACAAACUCAGAGAGGCUUUUAAGGGCUCGGAAGUACGGGUUGCGAGACCGUCUUUGAGGGGUGAGCUGCGUCUCUCAGGUCUGGACGCAUCAAUCAGCCCGGAGGAACUGAAGGCAGCUAUGGCUGAUAACGGAGGCUGUGCGACGACCGACAUUCGCUUGGGGCAGUACAGGAUCACCAGAAAUGGCGCACGCACGGUGUGGACCCAGUGCCCACUGAACGCGGCCAUGCAGUUGGCGCAGGAGGGGCGGCUUCGAGUCGGCUGGUCCACAGCCAGAGCGGUCCUCCUGAAGAAGCGCCCUGUCCAAUGUUUUAGGUGCAUGGCGUCGGGCCACGUUAGAGAAAGGUGCCCAAGCGAGGUUGAUCGCUCGUCCAGUUGUUUCAACUGCGGGGAGAAUGGGCACAUAGCCAGAAACUGCGGGAAACCGCCCGAAUGCCCUAUUUGCAAAGGGCAAGGACGUAGGCAUGAUCAUAGGGCCGGAUCUGAGGCAUGCCCUCCGUGCCCACCGAGGAACCUCAGGGGUGGAAGCCAAAGCCCGAUGCCGCAAAGAAUCCCGGUCGAUCGGAGUAGUGCGGCCGCGCCUGACAUAGAAAUAUGA